GUGAUAACAACUAGAGAAUGCCUUCCCCCAGAUUACGGAAGUUACCAGAGGUUUGAUACCAAACCCCACUAAGUCGAUUCUUCUUAGGCUCCACUAGCCCCGCGACCGUAAAACCUUUUGUUAUGGAUAUACAUAUGCAUGUAUAGUCGAUCGUGGCAGCUGACUGGCUGGUGUACUGUACUUUCCUAAAUCUGGUAGACUAGUACGGAGGGAAGUGCUAUCCUUCCAUAACCCCCACCCCCCCGAGUUUCACCACCGGCUACCGUGUACCCGAACCCGAUCAUUUUCUCGUCUACACACACCUACACCUACCGUACCUACACCUACGCUAUCUAAGCUUACUGAGAUACUACCUAAGUAAUCUAUCCGCUUUUGGUAUAUCAUCACCUAUCACCUCAUUCACACCACUCCUUAGGUUGUCCAAUGGCGCCAACACAACUUCCAGCUUCCGGAAACCCUCUGGUCUUCUUUGACGUUACGCUCGGAGGUGAACCCCUCGGACGGAUCACCUUUGAGCUCUUCAAGGAUACUGUGCCUCGCACCGCGGAGAACUUUCGCCAGUUCUGCACCGGCGAGUCCAAGAACAGUCGAGGCCAGAGUCAGGGUUACAAGGGAAGCAAGUUCCACAGAAUUAUUAGCAAUUUCAUGAUUCAAGGCGGAGACUUUCUCAACGGCGAUGGCACUGGCAGUACCUGUAUCUACGGCACUAAACAGUUCCAAGAUGAAAAUUUCGACUUGAAACACACCCAGAAGGGACUUCUCUCUAUGGCUAACUCGGGCCCGCAUACCAAUGGGUCUCAAUUCUUCAUCACCACUGUACCUACUCCCCACCUUGAUGGGAAACACGUUGUCUUUGGUAAAGUUGUCGAUGGCCUCGACGUCGUCGAGAAGAUGGAAAAAACGAAGACUGGCAGACGUGGACGGGAUAUACCAGACAUGGACGUGGUCAUUGCCCAGUGCGGUGAGAUGUAAAGGUCGCUAUCUAGGAUAAUAAGGGCCCUUGUGCUGCCAUAAUAGCUUAAAUAGUUAAUAAUCACAGCAAAUAAGCAUUGGCUAAUA